AUGCCCGUUGGACAAGCAGACCGUCGACUGAGAAGACGGCGCUGUGUCUCUUGUCAGCGCGAGCAUGCAAAGUGCGACGGCGCCCGCCCAUGUUCAACAUGCCUCAAACGCGGCAUGAAAUGCACCUCAUCCAUGCAACCCGCCAAAUUCAACAUUAUCUCCUACCAACAUCCCUCCGUAAUCCACAACAGCAAGCUUGUCAUGCCCAUGAGCCAACCAUUACUAGAUACCAACACGAAAUACAUCCCCUUCUUCUUUGAUCUCGUGAGAUCAUCUGGUUCGCCAAUGAUACAGAUCUUCUCAUUUGCGUCUAUUGGGAAACUGCUGCAUACCAAUGAAUUGGUGCAAGACACCGUCAAUCUCGUGGGGAAAGCGUAUGUUUCGCAGGGGUCAUAUGAUACUACGUCCUGGGAACCGGCUUCGCAACGCAAAUAUGAUUCGCGCAAAUCACUGGCGAGGUUGAGAGUGAAUAUGCUCAAGUUACUCAGAUCCCCUGCAUCGACGGCGCAGGAUUCGACGGCUUCGUUGGUGGCGGCCUGCUUAUUGCAGUUUGUGGAGUUGUUGUUGUAUGAUAGUGGUAGCACUUGGGGGUCUUUGGUAUAUCAGGUUUUGUCGACGGUUUCUCCGAAAGAUAAACCCGGCUGUGAGGAUGGUGGGGACGACUUCUUUUCUUCUUUGAAUCGUCGACUGCGCCUGUUUCUGAGGACGAGUGGUGGGCUAUGGGCGAUUUGUUAUGAUCAUGAUUGCUUUUGGACGACAUCCGAACGAAACCCACCUGAGAAAUUACUUCCGGAGCCAGAUCUAUCAUUAAUUGAGCUGGACAACGUGGAUAGACGUUGGGAUGACCUGGCUGGGUGUCUAGAGGAUUGCGGGAAGUUGCUCUAUAAAUUAGUACUAUGGAUCAAAGACUCGCUAAAUGCCCCCGGGGAUGCUAUUGACAGCUCUGUACACAGACUGAAUGGCAUCGAACUCGUCGUUACAGCCACCCACAUCCAACAACGAAUCAUCUCCACAAUCGUCCUCUACUCAACCUCCUGCUCCGAAGAUCACUUCUGCCGCUUCUUACUGCCUUAUUACUACUGGCUCCUCGCCAGCCUAUCCCACAUCUUCACGCAUCUAUCAUGGCGCACUCUCGCCAUCCCACUACCAGUUAUGACCCAAUCUCUCGCCCGCCAACAGGCCGCACGAGCCUUUGAAUACGUCGAGAGUAACAUACACUCUUUCAAGCUGGAAGCUGUCGCCUACGCGCCGAUUCUGCACAUAAUUGCGCAUCAGUUCUCAGCGGAUAAUGUGGAACGGGAUAGAGUGCUGGCUGUCGUGGAAUCGAUUAGGUUGAGUGGGUAUUCGGUGGCGGGCGGCUUGGAGAAGGAGUUGCAAUUUCAUUGGGCGGAGAUGGAGACGAAGUUUUUCUGCUCAGAUCUGUACCUUUAG